GCUAUGCUCUCUCACUCCUUCACUCCCUCCUACCUUCACUCACCAGUUUUAGACUUCUUGGCUGUGUUUCUUUGUCUUUGCUUCUUCUAGUAUUCGCUGUUUCUUCACAUUCCUAAGUAGCCACCCACAUUUCUAACCUCAUGCUGUCCCGUCACUUACAAAGCUUGUCAGGUUCUUCGAACUUUCCCCUUCUGCUUUGUACGUUUCUGUGGAAAAAGGAGUAGAUUUUAUUCAACUGGGUUGCAUGUUUUUAUUCACAUUGUCGUAAAAAUUUCUUGCUUGGAUUCCAUGAGUUGUCUAGCUGAUGAAGAUGUAGAAUUUGUGCAAGUUUCUGCCUUUUUUUUUUGUUCUCAUGUUAGGCGUAUUUUGACUUGAGUGGACUUAAAGUUUCCAUUUUUUUGACAAUGGGGUUUGUGAUUUUUGGCUAGGAUUAAUUUUGGGAAUUUUAUGUUAGGAAAUAAUUGUUGUUUUGGUUCAUUUUGCUCUUCAAUCCUCCCAUUUGUUGACUAAUUGCUUGGAUUCUCCUCUAAAGUAGCAUUUAGGGUGAUUACAUUUUGAUUUCAUUCCUUUUGUACUAGAACCUUAUGGUCUUCACUUGUUUGUGACAUUCAUGAAGUAGCAUUUGAUAUUGCCGGGAAACCAGUUCAAUCUUUCUUCAUAUUGGUCGUUUUGUGGUUUGGAACUAGCCUUGGGACAAUGCAAACGAUCUGCCUGAUUUUAUUGUUGUUGGUAGUAGCUGCAUUAGGACAAUCUGAUUUUAAAGCACUUUUGGAGCUCAGGAAGGGUUUUGAGAAAGACCCAUCAGGGAAAGUUUUUGACUCAUGGGACAGCAAGUCCUUGGCAUCUGAUGGGUGCCCUCAGACCUGGUACGGGGUUAUCUGUGUCAAUGGUCACGUGGUUUCAAUCACUCUAAAUGAUGUUGGUCUUGUUGGAAACUUCAGUUUCCCAGUUCUUGCUGGCUUUAAAAUGCUUCGAAACUUGUCGGUUUCGAACAACCAGUUGAUGGGCACUAUCUCGAAUGUUGGUUCCAUCGAGUCCCUUGAAUUUCUGGAUCUUUCAUCCAAUUUUUUUCAUGGGUUUGUACCUUCUGGGGUGUCCAAGUUGAAGAAUUUAGUGCUUCUGAAUCUUUCUUCAAACAAUUUCGAAGGCAUUGUUCCCUCAGGUUUUGGCAAUCUCGAGAGCUUGGAGUACUUAGAUUUGAGGCAUAAUAGCUUUUCUGGGGAUAUAAUGGGUCUUCUUUCCCAGUUGGACAUUGUGGUUCAUGUUGAUUUGAGCAGCAACCAAUUUUCUGGUUCAUUGGAUUUGGGACUCGGAAAUGCUAGCUUUGUUUCAUCAAUCAAGUAUUUGAAUGUAAGCCACAAUUACUUGGUUGGGCAGCUCUUUGCUCACGAUGGAGUGCCAUAUUUUGACAGCUUAGAGGUCUUUGAUGUCAGCAAUAAUCAGAUAACUGGGGCUAUUCCCCCCUUCAAAUUUGUUGUUUCUCUUCGGAUUCUUAGGCUUGGUGGCAACCAGUUAUCAGGGUCUUUACCAGAAGCUCUUCUGCAAGAUAGCUCGAUGGUGUUGACUGAACUGGAUCUUAGCCUUAAUCAACUUGAAGGUCCAGUAGGAAGUAUCACCUCUACAACUCUGAGGAAGAUGAAUAUAUCUUCAAACAAACUUUCAGGCCCUUUACCAGCCACUGUAGGCCACUGUGCCACCAUUGAUCUGAGUAAUAAUAUGCUCACAGGGAAUUUGUCCAGAAUCCAGAACUGGGGAAAUUACGUGGAAGUUAUUCAGUUGAGUUCAAACUCAUUGACAGGAACUUUGCCUAACCAAACUUCUCAAUUCUUGAGGCUAACUACAUUGAAGAUAUCAAACAACUCAUUGAAUGGUGAUCUUCCACCGGUGUUGGGUACAUACUCAGAACUAAAGGUGAUUGAUCUUAGCCUCAAUUUUCUUACAGGGUUCCUCCUUCCAGAUUUCUUCACCUCAACAACACUGACUGACCUCAACCUGUCAGCCAACAAUUUCACGGGGGAAAUACCUCUUCAGGAGGUCCACGACUCGAGAGAAAAUUUGAGUUUGGUGUCUCUUGACCUGUCACACAACUCUUUAGAGGGAUCUUUGCCCCCAGAAAUCAGUAAGUUCCAUAACCUGGUGUAUCUUAACCUAUCUAACAACAAACUGAAAGGCAGCAUCCCUGGGGACCUUCCUGAUGGAUUGAAAGGAUUUGAUGUGUCUUCUAACAAUUUUUCUGGUGUGGUUCCUGAUAACUUGAGGCGGUUUCCUGAUUCAGCUUUCCAUCCAGGAAAUUCUUUGUUGAUUUUUCCUUAUUUGCCAUCCUCAUCAAAGGGGCCUCCAGCCCUUGUGAAUUUGAAGGGGGGUCAAUCUCGUAUGAAACCUGCUAUUAAAAUUGCUCUGAUUGCAAGUAUGGUUGGUGCUGCUACUAUAAUAGCUCUUUUGUCCAUGGUGAUUUAUUACCGCACCCAUCGGCCAACACAUGGAACCAAAAGUUUGAAAGGAGAUGAGAGAAGUGAAGGUGUCCCACAGGAGGAGGGUUCUUCCAUCUCUUCAUCAAGAGUCAACAAAAAUCCAAGCCAAUCAUCUGCAUCACUUAGCUUCCACCAAAGUAACGCCCUAACCCAGAUGGGGUCUGCAUAUGAUCCAGGGAACACAUCCUCAGUUCCACAGAAAUCUAAAGAGCAUCUCGAAUCAAUAACAAAAGAUGGAGGGUUGACUUCUCCCCAUUUGUCAUCUUCAAAUGCAUCACCUUCUAAAAGCCCGCUAUCAUCUGAUACUCCUGGGGUGCUGAGAGUUAGAUCUCCUGAUAAGUUGGCUGGGAAUUUGCAUCUCUUUGAUGGUUCUCUAACAUUCACUGCAGAAGAACUUUCAUGUGCUCCAGCAGAAGUUGUUGGAAGGAGUUGCCAUGGUGCGCUAUAUAAAGCUACACUUGACUCUGGCUAUGUAAUGGCGAUAAAGUGGUUAAAAGAGGGAAUAGCAAAAGGGAAGAAGGAUUUUGCUAGGGAAGUAAAGAAACUCGGGAGCAUCAGACAUCCAAAUUUAGUUUCUCUUCAGGGUUACUACUGGGGUCCAAGAGACCAUGAGAAGAUGAUAAUAUCAAAAUAUAUCAAUGCGCAAUGUUUGGCCUUCUAUCUUCAAGAAUCAGAGCCAAGGAAACUUCAGUCUUUAUCUCUUGAUGAUCGGCUGAGGAUUGCUGUGAAUGUCGCCCGGUGCCUAAACUACCUACACAAUGAAAGAGCAAUUCCCCAUGGAAACCUCAAAUCUACCAACAUUUUAUUAGAACCCCCAAACAUGAUUCCACUGCUCACCGAUUACAGUCUCCAUCGAAUAUUGACUUCUGCUGGCACUGCAGAACAGGUUCUGAAUGCAGGUGCUCUUGGCUAUCGGCCACCUGAAUUUGCUAGUUCAAGUAAACCCUGCCCAUCAUUGAAGAGUGAUGUUUAUGCAUUUGGGGUUAUCUUGUUAGAGCUCCUAACUGGAAAAUGUUCAUGGGAGAUAGUUUCUGCAGACCCAGGAGUGGUUGAUCUGACAGACUGGGUAAGGUUAUUGUCUGAAGAAAACCGUUCCAGUGAGUGCUUCGACAAGCUGCUUAUGGAUACCCCUAACGCAGAGGCCCCCAGAGUUCUCGAUGAAAUGCUCCAGGUGGCUCUUAGAUGUAUCCUACCAGCAUCUGAAAGGCCGGACAUGAAAACGGUAUUCGAAGAUCUUUCAACAGUAGCAUCAUGAAAGGCACCUCAAAGAAAACAGGAGUCCUAACCAUUGUUUUUGCCACUAACCCAGUUCAUUGCUAUUACUGUUCUUUUAUUUUUUGGAGGGAUACUGCUUCUAAUUGCUUCGAUAUCUGUUAACGUUCUUAAGCUGCAGCUGAUCCUUUGAAUAAUGGCUUUGUAUAGGUGGUUUACUGGCUCUUUGAGCCCGGGGAAAUUAGGGAAAUAAAUUCACUCUCAGAUGGAUGGGUUAAGCCAUUCUUUGUUAACCCUAUCUUGUAAGGUGUACUCUACUCUUUACAAAGUUCUUUUCUGGACGCAAAAA